AUGGACAUGGGUCUACAUCGCUUGUUGAACUUGAAGAUUGGUGAAAACACCAAAGCUAAAUCAGACAGACUGAGUGUUACAGAGAACUGUUCUCUGGUUAUAAAAACAGUCACAGACGAGGAUGUUGGUCGUUACACCUGCAGACAGUUCAUUUCAGGACAACAACAAGGUCCAGACUCUGUGGUUCUUCUGUCUGUUAUUAACAGUAAAGACACAACAACAACAACUGAAAACAGCAUAAAAGCAGGUAUCACCACAACAGCGUCUGCAAUCAUAGAUGAUUCAACCGAACAACCAAGCAAUUGGUGGUUGUACAUCAUUGUGACUGUGAUUUUAGUAGCACUAAUAAUAAUUGUUGUAAAUGUCAUCAGAUGGAAGAGAGCUAAAGAGAACAAAACAGGGAUGAAUGACAAUGUGGGGCUGACCUCAGACCCUGCAUUGACUGAGUCUGCUCCAGAAAACAGUCAGGACACGGCUGAUCCUGAAGAUGGCGUUUCCUACGCCGCUGUCAGCUUCACCACGAUGAACAAAAGUAAAGGCCGGGUUCAGAGUAAAAAUUAUGCUGAUGAAGGCGAUGCAGUGACCUACACGACCAUGAAAGCUUCCUCUGCUGAUCCCAGCAACCUCUACGCUACAAUCAACUGACCAAACAAAUCAAAUUCAUGUCAUCAGAUCUUUGCUUAAAUCUGUUUGUGUAUUACAAUCAUUUUCAAGAUGGAUUAUUGUAAAAAAAUUCUUAUUCAAAACAGGGUGAAGUAGUUUAAAAAAAUUAUAACUUAGGUUAUAGUUCAAGGUUAAUAAGUAUAUUGCUAUUUUAAUUUAGCUUUUAUCUAGUCUAGUGCCUGUUAUUUUUUCAUAUGCAAUAAUUUUUCAAGGUUGAGCAAUUUUAUAAAUUUUUUACUUUUUAUUUGACAAGUGAAUGAUAAACAACAUUACAUUAUAAUUAAACAUCAUACUCAUCACUCUCAA